AAAAAAAAAAAAAAAAAAAAAAGAAAUAAGAAAAAAAAAAAACGCAUCAUGUGAACUAAACUAGCUUAGGUAGUUUGGUGGUUCAAAAAAGGAAAUCUCUCUUUGACCAUGUUUCAAUUUGAUCAUAUUUUAUCAUCUGCAUUAAAAGUGACCCAUGUUUUAGACUUCUUAUUUUUCCCUUUUUCACUUUUGUUCCCGAUUCUUUUUUUUUUUAUCGUCUUCUUUAUAAUGGAUGAGAAACAACAACGUCCUAUUGCUGAUAAUAAUGCAUUCAUCAGAACAGAUAUUGAACAAGAAUCAUCAUUAGAUCAACAAACUCAUCGUACAUCAUCUUUACCUGAAAGAGCAAAACAAUUAGCUGAAGAAAUGAAGACCAAACGGAAACAAUAUCGUCAAAAAAAUGUCCAAAUUGCUCCAUUUUUGUUGUUUUAUUAA